UUAAGUGAUUUAUUAGAUAACCGAAAAAAUAGGAUCUUAAAUACUAUUCAGAAUUCAGAAGAACUGCGUGGGAGGUCUAUUGAAAAACUAGAAAAAGCCCAAGCUCAUUUAUCUAAAGUAGAAAGGCAAGCCGAGGAGUUUCGACUGAAUGGAUACUCUGAAAUAAAACGAGAAAAUUUGAAUUUGCUUAAUUCAACUUCUAAUAUUUUAGAACAAUUUGAAAAUGAUAAAAAUGAAACUAUUCUAUUUGAACAGGAAAGAGCUAUUCAUCAAGUAAAACAACAGGUUUUCCAACAAGCCUUACAAAGAGCUCUAGAAACUCUGACUUGUUGUUUGAACACCGAGUUGCAUUUACGUACUAUUAGUACCAAUAUCCGCAUGUUGAGCACACUUCAAGAAAUAAAAGAUUAGUCUUUAAUUUUCUAGCGGAUGGUAUUAUUUUUUUUUAUAAGAAUAAUUUAAGAACGAAUCAUGGGAACGAUCCAAGCCGAUGAAAUUAGGAAUAUUAUUCGUGAGCGUAUUGAAAAAUAUAAUAGAGAGAUAAAGAUUGUCAAUACUGGUACCGUCCUUCAAGUAGGCGAUGGCAUUAUUCGUAUUCAUGGUCUUGGUGAAGUAAUGGCAGGGGAAUUAGUAGAAUUUGAAGAGGGUACAAUUGGCAUUGCUCUCAAUUUGGAAUCCACCAAUGUUGGUGUUGUAUUAA